AAAACGUCUCGUUGCCUUCUGAACCUUUCUCAACGCGUUUCUAUUUUCUUCAAUUCAUUAUACUUUGAUUCUGAUUUCUUUAUGCUUAAUGAUAAGCAUGCUUCUAACACUGUCAAGCCAACCCCUACUGCAAAGCCAUGUGGAGGAGACCCUGAAUCUGCUCGAGAGAUGCUCAAACAUGAAAGAACUAAAGCAGAUUCAUGCCCAAGUUCUGAAAAAUGGCAGCUAUAUGCACCAGAUUGCAGUGAGCAAGCUCUUAGCUUCAUGCACAUCUUUGGAAUAUGGGAACUUAGCUUAUGCUCGUAUGGUUUUCCACGGAAUAAGCUCCCCUAACAUUGUCAUGUGGAACACCAUGAUCAGAGCAUACUCAAACAGUAAUUUCCCAGAAGCAGCCCUGCUUCUCUACCAACAAAUGCUUCACCAUUCAGUCACUUGCAAUGCUCACACUUUCCCUUUCCUUCUCAAAGCAUGUUCUGCUCUCUCAGCUCUUGAAGAAACCAAACAAGUUCAUGCUCACAUAAUCAAAACAGGUUUUGGUUCAGAGGUUUAUGCCACAAACUCCCUCAUUCAUGUUUAUGUGAAUUUCGGCAGCAUUGAAUAUGCACGCCGCCUGUUUGAUCGGCUUCCCCAACCAGAUAUGGUUUCUUGGAAUACAAUGAUUGAUGGUUACAUCAAAUUCGGAAACAUAGGCAUGGCCAACGAGAUUUUUCAAGCCAUGCCAGCGAAAAAUGUAAUCUCUUGGACCACCAUGAUUGGUGGGUUUGUCAAGGUGGGUCUGAACAAGAAAGCCCUGUCACUUUUUCAUGAAAUGAUGAUUUCAGAAAUCAAACCUGAUAGUGUGACUAUGAGUUGUUCUCUUUCAGCAUGUGCAGGUCUGGGAGCAUUGUACCAAGGUAUGUGGAUUCACGCCUACAUUCUUAAAAAUGGAAUAAAAGAAGAUCCAAUUUUGGGUUGUGUGCUUGUGGACAUGUAUGUCAAGUGUGGUGAACUGGAAAAAGCCAAAGAAGUGUUUAGAAGAUUGGAGAAGAAAUGUGUCUGUGCAUGGACAGCUUUAAUCGGCGGCUUUGCGGUCCACGGAAAGGGAAGAGAAGCUCUUGAUUGGUUUAUUCAGAUGCAGAAAACAGGAAUCAAGCCAACUUCAAUGACUUUCACUGCAAUUCUGACUGCUUGUAGUCAUGCAGGUUUAGUUGAAGAAGGAAUGUCACUGUUUGAGAGCAUAAGUUCUCUUUAUAAAAUGAAGCCUAGUAUAGAGCAUUAUGGAUGCAUGGUGGACCUUCUGGGUCGAGCAGGGUGGUUGAAGGAAGCAAAGGAGUUUAUAGAUUCAAUGCCCAUAAAACCAAAUGCUGCAGUAUGGGGAGCAUUGAUCAUUGCUUGCAAUAUGCACAGAAAUCUUGAGCUUGGCAAAGAGAUUGGGAAAAUUCUGAUUGAAGUGGACCCAGAUCAUGAGGGGAGAUAUAUUCAUUUGGCAAACAUUCAUUCUGCAGCUGGAGAAUGGGACCAAGCAGUUCAAAUAAGAAGAGAGAUCAAAGAAAGAGGUCUUCAAAAUCAUCCAGGAUGUAGUACCGUCACCCUUAAUGGAGUUGUGCAUGAGUUCUUUGCUGGGGGUGGAUCAUGCCAUAUCAAAGAGAUUUAUGAUGACAUGUGGGAGAUAAUUGCAAAUAGACUUGGGGAAGAAGAGAAUUUGUUAAUAUAAGAGGAUCUGUGUGGAGCUCUAUUUCUCAAGAGGUUGAUGUUUUCACCUCUAGAUGCAUCUCAAGAUUCUAAUUUUUGAAGAAAAGGAUCUCAAUACGUAAAAUGGUCACUGGAAUUGCAAUUCCAAUCGCAAAAUUCACAGCAGUACUUGGAAAGUGUUUCUCUAUUAUAUCUUCUCUCAGCAAAUUAUCUUCACAAAAUGUUCAUCAGUCUAUCCAUGCACAGCUCAUGAUUAUGUAAAUUCAGUUUUCCCAAAGAUUCUUCAAAUUUCCCGGCCACAAUAUUAUACCCA